GACUGAUCUCAUUGCUCAUCAGCUCAAUCAUGAAAAUGAGAAAAAGAUGCCAUUGGUUCAUUACCAGACAUUUCAAAAUGCAGAGAAAAUGUUUCUGAAAGCUCUGCUUCUCUUCCUCCUCUUUCAGUUCAGCAGUUCCAGGGACACCAUAAGAGGGAACGAAGAGCAACUGAAGGAUGUUGAUGGUGACUAUUUAGUGUCCAGAGAAAGCAAGUUUGAGUUGGGGUUCUUCAGCCCUGGAAAUUCUAGCUACCGGUAUGUUGGAAUCCGGUAUUCUCAGACUAGAGUAUCUGAAAAAACAGUGGUGUGGGUUGCAAACAGGAACAAUCCCAUCAAUGAUACGUCUGGUGUGCUCACAAUCAACAGAUACUCUAAUUCCAGGUAUGAAACUUGGGGUGAAUUGGAAAACUGGGCUAGAAUGGGUUUUAACAUCUUGGAAGUCACAUGAUGACCCUGGAGCUGGGG